AUGUCUGAUCCGCCGGAAACAGACUUGGAUUACUAUUCAAGACCGGAAAAUUAUGGCGGAAGUAACCUCACACAACUAAAUAGAUUUAUAGCUGCCAAAAAAGAGACAAAACAGAAGAAAGUGAAGAAAAAGAAAAGAAAUCCUGCCGAGGUUGAACUCUACAGACGAUACCGGUAUGUCUUACCGAUCGAUGAGCAGGAUUACACGGAAGAUUACCUGGAGAUCGACGAGAUCUUGGAAGAAGAAGAGGAAGAGGAAGAGGAGGAGGAGGAAGAAGAAGAAGGCACAUCAUCGGAACCGGAAGACAAAGGCACCUCGCCAGAUCUCAAAACAAUUCCAGAAAUCGAAACCACCGAUGAUAAACCGAAUCAGGAUUCGGAGAUUUCCGGUACGUCUCCGGAACAAGCCGAAGCAUCAUCGAACGAUCUUCGGGUACAUAGUGUCAGCAGGACGUCUAUGUCCAGUGCGUAUCUAGCCAGCGGGAAACGAGGAGGUUCCAUUGCUCCCUCAAGAGGACAUAAGAUCAAAGCUAAUAAAGAGCUUAGAUCUAGAAUGGUGAAAACAAUGAAAAAAAUAGGCUAA